AUGUUCGAGAGCAAUGAUUAUCUGAGCGUCGACCUGGAGCAUCCUAGAAAGGCAGCAUUAGUACGAGUCUUGGUCGAGGAUGACCUAGCCAGCACUGGAACUGCGUUCAAGUUCACCUGUGUGGAUUUUCGAGACUCAGCCGCUGCUGAGAAGCUGUCGCCAUAUAUGAGCCACCACUACCCCCUGACCACGGAGAUGUUCGAUACCGACUUUCUUCGGUUGGAUCUUGAACAUCCCGAGCAGGUUAUCCUCAUCCCAACCAAAUACAACAGCCAGAUUCUAAUGGAGAGUGACGUCGAAGAAGUUGUUGCCAAAAUGAAAGAGAGCCGUGAUUGUUUCGGGGAAAAAAAGACAAGAUCCCUAGCCACCGAGACAUUUGAAACGAACGACAUUCUUCGGUUUGACCUCGAACAUCCCGAGCAGGCUAUCAUCAUCCCGACCAGAUACAACAGUCGCAUAUACAUAGAGAGAGAUGCCAAAGAAGUUGUUGCAAAGAUGAAAGAGAGCUGUGGGCGUUUCGCGGUGAUGAGGAGAGACAAGAUCCUCAAAUAUUGA